UUUUUUUUGCCGUAGCUAUUGGGGCUGCAAAACGUUUAUUGACACCACAGCAUUGACUAAACUAUUAAAAAUAUCAGAGAACAUUGCCUGACUGACUUGAAAUCUAUCUAGGUGCAAAAUUUUCUUGGGUGAUGAAUACGAUAUGUGGUGGUCAGGCUAAUACCUAUGCUACAUAAUGAACAGCUUGCAUCGAUUUGAUUAUAAGCUUCCAUCCCUUCAUCAAUGGCUGCUCUUACAAUACUUCCUCUUACUUUUGUUAUUCUGAUGCUCAUUUGCGCCUCGGCCCAGAAGCAGAAUAUCACGCUUGGUUCCACUCUAAUUUCUCCUCAAAAUUCCAAAUGGGUUUCGCCAAAUGGACAGUUUGCUUUUGGAUUCUAUGAGCUACCUGCAACUGAUCUCUACGUAGUGGGCAUUUGGUUUGACAACAUACCUUCUAAAACUCUGGUCUGGACAGUUAUAAAGGAUAAGAGGGACCUUCCUGUUGAAAAGAUGUCUUCCCUGCAGCUCACCAACAAUGGCCUCAGCUUGUACGAUUCCACAAAAGAAUUGAAAUGGUCGGCUGCUCCGUCUGAAAAGGUUGUCGCGGCUGCAAUGGGCAACAAUGGUAACUUGGUGCUUCUAAGUGCCUCACUUGAGCCCAUCUGGCAGAGCUUCGACCAUCCUACGGAUACCCUCUUGCCCGGUCAGGAGCUCAAGUGGAAAUCUACCAUAUAUUCCAAGGCUUCAAAUACAAACCUCUCAUCAGGCCGAUUCGAGCUUGCGUUGCAGGAAGAUGGCAAUUUGGUGCUUUACCCUGUGGAAAGAGUGUAUCAAGGUGCUUACUGGAGUAGUGGACAAUUAUUCGGUGAAGCAAGCUUGAAAUUUGACACGAGUGGGCUCUUGUAUUUGGUAAAUACCACCAACAAUAUGACGCUCACCAAAGGCGAGGCCGGAAAUGGGCGAUUUCUUCGGAGAGUGACGCUCGAGAGCGAUGGAAUCCUUGCACAGUAUGUCUUGGAUGGUAAUGAUUCUCCUUGGACACCUGUGUGGAAGCCUGUGAAUGAGCCAUGUAUAGAGGUCAAGGGUCAGUGCGGCCGCAAUGGCAUUUGUCAGCUCAACAGCGAGAACAAGCCCGAUUGCUAUUGUCCCCCUCAGUUUAAUUUUAUAGACAACCAAGACCAUUUUAAAGGAUGCAAAAGAGAGGGGCUGAGCUGCAGUGCAAAUAGUACCGGCAACAUGUUGCGGCUUGACAACACGGACUGGCUGAACGGCAACGAUUAUUCGGUUUUGGCGGGUCUUACUGAAAGUGAAUGCCUAGAGGCCUGCAUAGACGAUUGCAUGUGUACUGUGGUCACGUAUGCUCCUGGCAAAGCAGUUUGUUGGAAGAAACGGAUGCCUCUCAUCGACGGCCGAAAAGGUAUGGACAUUACUAAUAUAGCUUUUGUAAAAGUAUCUGAUGACAUCAAGGCAGAGAAAAGAAAAGAAAGGGAGGGAAAGACGCUUGUAAUCACUGGCGUAAUUCUCCUGGCCUGCUCCUCUUCGCUACUCGUAGUGGCCUUCUUGGUAGUGUGCUUGGGUGGCCUCAAGGUCCACAAGAUGAGAAAGAUUGCACCGCAGAUUAUGGUUUUGGAGGGGUUGAAGGCCUUUUCUUAUAAAGAGAUAGAGACUGCCACGACAGGUUUCAGAGAAGAAUUAGGAAGGGGUUCCUUCGGUAAAGUUUUCAAGGGACGCUUAGAGGAUGGGAGAGCGAUUGCUGUGAAGAUUCUGGAUGAUAAAGCGAUGCAGGAAAAACAUGGGGAGCGGGAAUUCAGAACAGAGAUGAGCGUGAUUGGUACAAGCCAUCAUAAGAAUCUUGUUCAGUUGUACGGUUUCUGUGACGAGGGCUCCCAGCGCCUUCUGGUGUACGAGUACAUGAGCAAUGGAUCUUUGGACACCGUUCUCUUUGUGGAUAGUGGCUUUCUUGAUUGGAGGACUCGGGUUAAAAUUGCAAUGGGUACGGCAAGAGGGCUUCUCUAUUUGCAUGAAGAGUGCAGAACCCAGACUAUCCACUGUGACAUAAAACCCCAAAACAUUCUGCUGGACCAAAACUACAAUCCUAAAAUAUCUGAUUUUGGCCUGGCAAAAUUGUUGAUGGCAGAACAGACAGCAAGUUACACAGUAGCUCGGGGCACCAGGGGUUACAUUGCGCCUGAGUGGAUGAAUAAUGUGCCAAUUACUGUAAAAGUGGACAUUUACAGCUUUGGAGUGAUGCUGCUUGCAAUUGUUUGUUGCAGGAAAACUAUGAAACUAGAUGCCCCAGAAAAUGAAAUCCUUUUGGACGAGUGGGUGUAUGAAUGCUUCGAGCGUGGAGAACUUUCUAAGCUGGUGGAGCAGCAACAAGUAGAAGGUGAAGGUAUGGGAAUUGAGUGGAGGCAGUUGGAGAGAAUGGUAUUGGUGGGUCUGUGGUGCAUUCAAGAAGAUCCAGCACUAAGGCCAUCUACCAAAAAGGUAGUUCAGAUGAUGGAAGGAACAGUGGAGAUCGCAGUGCCCCCACCUCCAAAAAAGGUAGCUCAGAUUGCAGUGCCACCACCUCCAGGAUCUUUUGUGGGUUCAUUGUGCGUCUAAAAUUUAAAAAUUCACAGGUCUUGAUCACUCGCCAAUAUCAACCUAUCUUGUUUGAAUGGUUGUGAACAACAGUAGUUUAGAACAUAUUUUAGGAUUUGACCAAUAUCAGCCUAUCUUGUUUCAAUGGUUGUGAACAACAGUAGUUUAGAACAUAUUUUAGGAUUUUAUUUCAAGUUGUAAGUUCAAUUUAGAAUUUAUCUAUACAUCAUUUUAAAAGUUAUAAGACA